UCUAAUUUUACAAAACAGCAACAAAAACAAUGGCUUCUUCUCAUUCUAUAUCUAUUAUUAUUAUUAUUGGUGUUCUUCUUUUCCAAUUGUCGUAUGCAACCUCAAACGACAAUAAUACUAAUAAUGAAGAACGGCAUCUUAGCUUUUCCUCAUACACUUACUUCCCAAAACGACAAGCCGAAAAGCUGAUAAUGGACCUGAAUUUGUUCCCCGACGACGAUAUAAACGUGGCAUCACAUGAGUUCUUAUUCGAACCCGAUAAGAAGAUCGUCGAAAGGAGUUUCCAGUUCCCUCAGAUUGCCCACUCUGGUCCUUCUCUUCAAGAACUUGGUCACCAUGCCGGUUAUUACCGUCUCCCACAUUCUCAAUCAGCAAGGAUGUUUUACUUGUUCUUCGAAUCAAGGCUUAACAAGAAAGACCCUAUUGUAAUUUGGUUGACUGGAGGGCCAGGAUGCAGUAGUGAACUGGCUGUGUUUUAUGAAAAUGGUCCUUUCCAUAUUGCAAACAACUUGUCUCUUGUGUGGAAUGAAUAUGGCUGGGACAAGGCAUCAAACCUCCUUUUUGUUGACCAACCCACAGGAACUGGUUUCAGCUAUACUUCUGAUGACACCGAUAUUCGUCACGAUGAAGAUGGUGUGAGCAACGAUUUGUAUGACUUUUUGCAGGCAUUUUUCUCUGAGCAUCCUCAAUAUGUUGAAAAUGACUUCUACAUAACUGGAGAAUCAUAUGCCGGACACUACAUUCCUGCAUUUGCCUCACGUGUUCACAGAGGAAACAAAGCAAAGGAAGGAAUUCAUAUUAAUUUCAAGGGAUUUGCAAUUGGAAACGGCCUAACAAAUCCUGAAAUCCAAUACAAGGCCUACACUGAUUAUGCACUUGAUAUGAAAUUGAUUACAAAAGCAAACUAUAACAAGAUUAAUAAAAUGCUUCCAGCAUGUGAACAGGCAAUCAAAACUUGCGGCACCGACGGAGGAGAUGCUUGCAUGUCUUCUUAUGUUACUUGCAACAACAUAUUUAAUAGCAUCAUGGACUUAGUGGAUGGCACAAAUUACUAUGAUGUCAGAAAGAAAUGUAAGGGAGACUUGUGCUAUGACUUCUCAAACAUGGAGAGAUUUCUGAACCAGAAAUCAGUAAGAGAUGCCCUUGGAGUUGGGAACAUAGACUUCGUUUCUUGCAGUUCUACAGUAUAUGAGGCCAUGGUAAUGGACUGGAUGAGAAAUCUUGAAGUGGGUAUUCCUGCCCUUCUUGAGGAUGGAAUUAAGGUGCUUGUGUAUGCUGGGGAGUAUGAUCUGAUAUGCAAUUGGCUUGGUAAUUCAAGAUGGGUUCAUGCAAUGGAAUGGUCUGGCCAGAAACAAUUUGGCUCUUCAUCAACUGUUCCAUUUGUGGUUGAUGGUGCAGAAGCGGGAUUGUUAAAAGGCCAUGGGCCUCUGACUUUCCUAAGGGUACAUGAUGCUGGUCACAUGGUUCCAAUGGAUCAACCUAAAGCUGCAUUAGCAAUGCUGACGAGCUGGAUGCAAGGAAAACUAACCACAGCUGAGACAGAUGAAACAAUAGCUCCCCUGUGACUGGCAUUUUUCUUUCUCGGAUUGAACGACUCUUGUGUUUCUACAUGAACACUCUAAUCAUGCAGCACUAAUCUGUGUUUAUAACUUUAUAUUGAGUGUCUCAGCAAACACAUGGACGUAUGGUCCAUGGACAUUGUUUCACACUCUUUAUGUCUAUUGUUGUGAUUUUACAAAGUUCUAAUACAAAAAUUUCCAUAUUCUUAA